UAUAUACAUAUCUAUAGAUAGUUAGUGCUGCUCCACAAUUUUGUGGAUUAUUCCCUUAUUCAUCCGAUAAAUGAUGAUAAAUUGGACAGCUGAACUACACUUGCAAGUUAAUGGGUAUCCAUCAAUCACCCCAAAAACCCAUAAAAAAUGAUUGAAAGACGGAUAUUUUUCUUUCCUUUUUACAAAAUUGGUGUUUAUUCUUUCUUGUUUUGAGCAAUAUUCUUAGGUUGCAUCUUUAUUGAUGUGCACAGCUCGCCAGCAUAGAUUCUUUUCUUUCUUCCGUUCUUUCUCUUAUGUUGCAAAACCAGAAGAGCCUUUAAGCUGGUUGGGUGGCUCAACAAUGCCUGAAUGGUGCCUUUCUGAUCACUGCUCACAAAGAUUUCCUACUUUUGUCAUUAUCUUAACCGCUCCUUUUCAUGGAUGCUCUCCUUUUGGGUUUCUUUAAUUGGUUCAGCCACAAACAAUGUGCAUCUGGUUUCACAUACAUGGACUGCUAAUUAUAUAUUAUUCAUUUGAUUUAUUCCAUUUUCAACCGACCCGUUUGGGUAUAAAUACGUACUGCCAUUUGGGUUUUCCUCAUUGCAUUUGCAGCACCUCUUCUCAUUCAUUAUAGUAGGAGCUCUAACUAGUGGCUGUAUAAUGAAUCGCACUGCUGCUUCUAUGGGUUCUGGCAGUAGAGCAACAAGGAGGCCUUUUGAAUUUGGAAGGACAUAUGUUGUGAAGCCAAAAGGGAGACACCAGGCCACAAUAGUGUGGUUGCACGGCCUUGGCGAUAAUGGUUUGAGCUGCUCACAGCUCUUGGAAAACCUUCCAUUUCCAAAUAUUAAAUGGAUAUGUCCGACUGCUCCUAAUCGACCUGUGACUUUACUUGGUGGUUUCGCCUGCAAUGCAUGGUUUGAUACUGGAGAACUUUCAGAAGAUACUACUGAUGAUUUUGAAGGUUUAGAUGCUUCGGUGGCGCAUAUUGCAAACUUGUUGUCAACAGAGCCUGCUGACAUUAAACUUGGUAUUGGGGGCUUCAGCAUGGGUGCUGCAACUGCGCUCUAUUCUGCAACUUGUUUUGCCCAGGGCCAGUAUGGAAAUGGGAAUCCUUACCCAGUUAGCUUAAGGGCCGUUGUUGGUCUGAGCGGUUGGCUUCCUGGUUCAAGAAGCUUGAGGAACAGGAUAGAAGCAUCAUGUGAUGCUGGAAGGCGAGCUGCAGCUUUGCCUAUUUUGCUUUGUCACGGAACCUGUGAUGAGGUAGUCCCUUCUAAAUUCGGAGAGACGUCAGCGCACUACUUGACCUUAGCUGGAUUUCGACACCUCGCGUUCAAAACCUUCGAAGGGCUGGGUCACUACACGAUCCCCAGAGAAAUGGAGGAGGUCUGCAGUUGGCUAAAUAGCAGGCUGGGGCUCGAGGGGUCGCGCCGCUGACGAUCAUGGCAGGAGAUUUCAUUUUGUGGUAGUUGGUAGCAGCAGCUAGUACGGGUGAAGAAUGAAUGAGGGGAAGAAAUAACAGGAAGUAGACAUGCAGACAGAGCAUGCAUAUAGACGAAGUGAAGAUUAAUUAUGAGGUAUAAGGUAGAGAGGAGGGUAUGGUAUGGUAUGGUCUAUUGGCCCUAAUAAUUCACAUUUUUGUUUUCUCCAUUGUAUUAGCUCGAGUAUGGCAUAUUGGCUGUUAGGCAUCUAG